AUGUCCUCUCCCACAACCUUUGUGCGAGGCUCUGAGGAGCCGGAAGCAGAGCGAGCUGACCUCCAAGCAGAGGCCCACUGUCCAGUCUGUAAGAAGUACUUCAAGGACCCGGUGACCAUCGAGUGUGGGCAUAACUUCUGUCUCACCUGCAUCCGUGAAUUAUGGAAGGAUCUAAAGGAUCGUUUUCCCUGCCCUGUUUGCCACUUUAACUGUCCAGAAAGGAGUUUUCAGAGAAAUGAACAGCUGGGCAAGAUGACCCAAGGUGCCACGCCGCUCCCUGAAAGAAAGAGCAAGAAGAGAAAGCUGGAAGAGGAGUGUUCCUGUGAGACACGCCAAAAGCUUCCGGCCAUUUCCUGCCAGGAGGACCAACAGCUCCCGGCCCCUUCCUGCCAGGAGGACCAACAGCUUCCAGCCACUUCCUGCCAGGAGGACCAACAGCUUCAGCCUUUGGCCACUUCCUGCGAGGAGGACCAACAGCUUCUGGCCACUUCCUGCCAGGAGCAUCAACAGCUUCAGCCUCUGGCCACUUCCUGCCAGGAGCAUCAACAGCUUCAGCCUCUGGCCACUUCCUGCCAGGAGGACCAACAGCUUCAGCUCCCGGCCACUUCCUGCCAGGAGGACCAACAGCUUCAGCUUCCGGCCACUUCCUGCCAGGAGGACCAACAGCUUCAGCUCCUGGCCAUUUCCUGCCAGGAGGACCAACAGCUUCAGCUUCCGGCCACUUCCUGCCAGGAGGACCAACAGCUUCAGCUCCUGGCCAUUUCCUGGGAGGAGGACCAACAACUUCCAGCCACUUGCCACCAGGAGGACCAACAGCUCCCAGCCACUUCCUGCCAGGAGGAUCAACAGCUCCCAGCCACUUCCCGCCAGGAGGACCAACAGCACCCGGCCACUUCCCGCCAGGAGGACCAACAGCACCCGGCCACUUCCUGCCAGGAGGACCAACAGCUCCCGGCCACUUCCUGCCAGGAGGACCAACAGCUCCAGCUCCCGGCCACUUCCCGCCAGGAGGACCAACAGCUCCCGGCCACUUCCUGCCAGGAGGACCAACAGCUCCCGGCCACUUCCUGCCAGGAGGACCAACAGCUCCCGGCCACUUCCUGCCAGGAGGACCAACAGCUCCCGGCCACUUCCUGCCAGGAGGACCAACAGCUCCCGGCCACUUCCUGCCAGGAGGACCAACAGCUCCAGCUCCCGGCCACUUCCUGCCAGGAGGACCAACAGCUCCCGGCCACUUCCUGCCAGGAGGACCAACAGCUCCCGGCCACUUCCUGCCAGGAGGACCAAGAGGUUCCCCGUCCACCAUGCAGCCUCUCCUCGAGUCACACGAGGCACUGUGUUUGGCCCAUAGAGGAUGCCGCCCGCUGUCCUCGGGAAUAUAUUGAGUGGUAUGUUAAGCUGUGGAGGGAGAAGGUGGAGCCGGCUGAGAAAAUACUCGCCACACAAAGGAGGAGGUCCCUAGAACUGAAGAAGUGGGCAGAGCGCAGACGAGAAGAGCUGACGCUUGAAUACCACCAGUAUAGGUCGUUUCUCCACAGUGAACGCCAGAACAUGCUUGAGCAGUUACAAAAUGAAGAGUCGGCUGAAAGGGCCAAACUACAGGAAAACCUGGCAAAGUUCUCAGACCACAUUGAUUCGUUGAAGUGUCUGUGGAGGAAGGUAAAGAGCAAGUAUGUAAGGCCAGAACUGGAAUUGCUGACAGGGCUUAAAGAUUGCUAUGAGAGGCCCGAUAGCCUCAAAUGCCCUGGUAUACUCUCAUUUGAACUGAAAGAGUAUGGCUACCGGUUUCCUCCACAGUGUGCUGGCUUGGACAGAAUUAUCAAGCGAUUUCACGUUAAUGUACUUCUGGAUCCUAAGACGGCACACUAUAAACUUAAGGUCUCCGAAGAUAAAAAAACUGUACAAUACGGAGGAGGAAAGCAAAGGUUACCGUAUAGCACACAAAGAUUUCGACAGUACCCUGUGGUUCUGGGGUCUGAAGGAUAUAGUUCUGGCAGACAGUACUGGGAGGUAGAUGUGGCAUGCAAAUAUGACUGGAUGUUGGGGGUCUGUAAGGAGCCCUUCCCCAGGAGCAGGCCUAGGAACAGCAACAAUACUUUGCAACAGUACUCAGUGCAGGACGGAUUAUGGGGAGUUGGGCUAAAUUCCUGGGAAAAUUAUUUUGCACUGGGCCAUGAGAAAAUCAGUCUUUUGCCCAAUGUAGCACCUAGUAGGGUUGGAAUUUUUUUAGACUCUGAAAUGCAUGAGGUUUCAUUUUACAAUUUGUGUGAUAAGUCCCUUCUGUACAGCUUUAGCGACUGCGCUAGCGGUGCCCUUUGGCCUUAUUUCUACGUUGGAUGUCACUUCAUACCCCUGAAAAUCUGCACAGUCAAAGAACCUGAGCCCUAA